AUGCACAGACAGACUACAACCACAUCUCCCAGAAGAUCCCAGGAUCUGUACGUGUAUGAUUUCCAUGAUGUGAGCCACACUGAGGAGCUGCUGGGUGCCCUGCAAGGCUUUUAUUCUGAAGGCCUCUUCACAGACAUCGCCCUGCAGUGCUCCUCUGGCCAGGUCCUGCACUGCCACAAGGUGGCACUCUGUGCACGCAGCUCAUACUUCAGGGUCAUGUUCACUGCUGACAUGAAGGAGAGGACCAACAGCCUCAUCAGGCUGCCGGUGGUGGAAGUGGAGGUCUUGUCAGCCAUGAUAGACUACAUCUACACCUCCAGACUCACCAUUACCCAGCUGAACGUGGAGAGCUUGCUGGAGGCCGCUGACCUGCUGCAGUUCGGAGCGGUGAAGAGGGCCUGCGAGGCCUUCCUGGUGCGUCUGCUGGAUGUAGACAACUGCCUCGGCAUGCUGGCGUUCUCCCAGCUCCACGCAUGCCUUACCCUGGAGAAAGAAGCCCGCAGGUUGCUAGCGGGCAGGUUUCAGGAGGUGAUCAAAGAAGAAGAAUUUCUAGGGCUGGAUCCUGGCAGCCUGAGGACUGUCCUAGAAGAAGAGAACCAGGAAGUGGUUUCAGAGGCAGUGGUCAGGUGGCUGGGUCAUGACCCUGUCAUCCGAACAAAACACCUCUCCUCCCUGGCGCUGGACAUUGACCCAACAAAACUCAGCAACGCCUUGAUGAAACUGCAUGGUUACAAGAAGCCAAAUGACUCUGAAAGUCUCCUUUCCAUGUUUACUUUAACUCCGUUGUUCAAACAGUGCUUCAUGGGGUUUAACAGGAUGAGAUCCAGCUCCUUGAUGGUAGUAAUUGGGGGAUACCACUGGCGCCCUUUGUCCGAGGUUCAGUGCUGGGACCUGCUGAGCGGGGAGUGGGUGCAGGGCGUAGACAUGCCGGAUCACUCCAAGGAGAGCUAUGCUGUGGCCUUACUGGGCUGUACCAUUUAUGUGAGCGGGGGGUACAGAACGAACACCACGGAGGUCUUGGAUAAAGUCUGGGAGUAUAACAGCGAUUCUGAUUCUUGGACUGAAGGGCAGCCCAUGUUGAAUGCCAGGUACUACCACUGUUCUGUGGCCUGUUGUGGCUGUGUGUAUGUUAUGGGAGGCUACAGAGGAGGUUCAGCAAUGCCACAGACUGAAGUAUUUGAUCCACUGAAGAGGAGGUGGAUGGCUGUUGCUGAUAUGAUCCAAGGUGUAGGGAACGCCUCUGCAACCAUGUUGGGAAACAACAUUUAUGUUGCAGGUGGCAGUUAUGGCUUCAAAGGCAGCUGCAGCUACAACAACAUCCAGAGUUACAAGAUGGACAUCGACCAGUGGAGUAUCCUAACCACUUGCCCCCAUCCAGAGUCCGGGAUGUGCCUGGUGUCUUUGAACAGUAGUCUGUACCUGGUAGGGGGCCAGACCACCCUCGCUGAACGCUUCGACCCAGACAUAGAAGAAUGGAUCCCGCUUGCCGGCAUGAAGGAGGAGAGGAUGGAGUGCGGGGCGGUGGCCAUGCUGGGCUGUGUGUACGUCACUGGGGGCUAUUCAUGCUCCAAAGGGACCUACCUGCAGAGCGUGGAGAAAUAUGACCCUCACACAGACACAUGGGACAUAGUUGGAGAUCUGACAGAAGCAGCACGUUCGCAUGGCUGUGUCUGUGUGUAUAAUGGCAUGUAGUGUAGAAAGACAAAGAUACUGCAUCAUUACCUUUCUUUUGGAUUGUGGUGCCAAUAGGGUGAACGAGUUUAAUAGCUUCCAGUUAGGCAGUGAUGUACCAGCCUGUGUGAGUUUCAUUGUUGUAUAUUUAGUCCUUCUUUUUUUUAACUGCCUCCUCCAAACCAGCAGGGAAUACUAGAAAAAACAAACUGGAAAGGGAAUUUUUGA